AUGAUGAAAAUGAGACUCCUAUUAAUUCUUGCUGUGGUGGUGAUCGCAGCUGCAGCACCACAGGAUAAAGUUAUAGCCAUCCUUAAGCAAGACUUUGAUCAACAAGCUGACGGAUCUUACGUAUACAGCUACGAAACAGAAAAUGGAAUUAAGGCAGAUGAAACCGGUACACUCAAAAAGGCGUCGAGUCCUGACAGCAACGAUGUCAUUAUAGCACAGGGCACUUUUAGUUAUACUGCCCCGGAUGGUACAGUUAUAAACUUAUCCUACACCGCUGACGAUGAAAAUGGCUUCAGACCUGAGGGUGCGCAUUUGCCUACUCCUCCACCAAUUCCACCAGCGAUCCAAAAGGCGUUGGACUACAUCGCUUCAUUGCCUCCUCCACCACCGUCUAGGAAC